AUGUCGUCGGCAUCGCUCGCCGGGCAGCUGAAGCCCUUGCUUGCACUCGCUGGGAUUCUGCUCGGCCUCUCGCAGCCGUCGAAACCGCCCCCAGUUGGCGCAAAGAAGCCGUCGCUCGAGGAUGUCCUGAGGAAUCGGUUGGAGGCGUUCUACGCGGCAGGAGGGCAGGGACAGUCGAGCGCGCCCAUUAGAGCAGAGCAGGAGACGGCUGCGGCGGCCCUGUGGCUUCUCGAGCAGAUCGCGCUGGCUUCGCGCUCCUCUUCUUCCCUCUCGCCGUCGGAUGCCUCAGCACCCUCGACUUCUGCUCCGCCACCGCCCCCAACCGCGCCCAUCUUCGGUGCGAGGGAUAUCAAGGCGAUUGGGAUGCUGGCAGGAAUCGUCGGCCGAUGGGGGAUUGGCAGGGUCUCGCCAUUCGGCGCCGGAGGAGGAAACGCCAGGUCGGGACCGCCUGCGCUGGGCCCAAAGAUCCAGGAACUCGAGGAAGACGCCGAGGACGAUGUGGGAGAUGCGCGGACCAAGGAGGAGGAGCUCGCUGGACACGCCAAGCGAGUGCUUUCCGUCCUUUCGCUCAACGAGGAGCGAUUGCCGCAGUGUUCGGAAGGCGAGAAGCAGUUCUUCGCCAUCGUAGCGCCGCAACUGCUCAGCGCGUUGCUCGGAUCGCUCGUACAUUUCACCCAGAAUCUCUCGGCGGAUGAGAACUGGGCUCGAGAAGCGCUGGACCGGCUCUUGCACCGCCACUCUCCCUCCGCUACCAUCUCUCACCUCCUUACCCUCCUCGGAUCUGCCCCAUCUUCGCUUCGCCAAUCUCUCACGACGCAGCUCUCGACGCAAUUGCUUCGACCGGGCGGCGUUCGCUCGCUUCUCCUUGUAGUCAUCGGCACAGGAGCCAGUAGUGGCGGAGAAGACGAGGUCGGCGUACGGAAGCUGGAGAUGGUCAGGCGGGUCAUCGAAACGCGGCCGACUGAUGCGAGUCUGGACGCUAAGGCCUAUUACGCCAACAUCACAGCCCAGUUGCUCGACAUUCUCCGCGCAGCCGCCUCAUCCUCCCUUGCAGCCAGCCUGUCCACCUCCUCCAUCAACAAGGGCAAGGCACCUGCCGCAUCGUCAUCUGCACCCACGCCGUCCAUCGUACCCGUCCCCAUCAUCCGCGCAGCUUCGUAUGUCGUUGCGCACUUGCUCGUCCGCCCCGCUGGACAAGGCGGAGGUGACGAAGCCAAGUCCCUCGUCCUACAAGCUUUGCACGGCCCGCUUUUACCAAUCUCGCAUCCCGGCGGCCCGCUCGACGCGAAGAAGGAGGAAGGCGUGUUGCUCGACUCGCAGGACCUUGCGACGCACCUCUCCCUCCUCUCGCUCCUCGCCCUCUACGCCCCGCCACUCCCAUCACUCCUCUCGACCCUGCUCGCGCCUCUUCUCGCAUCCCUCUUCUCGCUCCUAACCCACCUUUCCCGACCUCCUCUCGUCGCCCUGUCUUCCCCGACCUCCGAUGCCCUGAAAGGCGUCAUCAGCGACGAAGCGAGUGCCCUCCUGCGGACGUUCGCGAAGGGCGAGGAAGUGCCGGAGGCGGUGAAAGCUGUGACUGCGGCAGUCGAGCGGUGGGAGAAAAGGGACGAGUUUGGCGUCUUGCCGCGAGGAGCGAUGCUGGUCGAGGAGGACGUCGCGGACCAGCAGAGGGUGGAGUGGGGAUGGUCGAGCGAGGGUGCGCCGGUGCUUCGCUACGCGGCAGGUUUUGACGAGGCGGAGGACGAUAUCCCCGUUAUGGGCGGUGUCGACGAGGACGGCGAGGAACCCGACCUAUCAGCUCUGUCCCUGCAGGUUGAUGCGGUCUGGCUGGUCGGCUGGCUGAAAGACGUUGAUCGCAAGGAGCUGAGCGCGCAGCUGUUCCUGCGCUGGCUCGACGAGAUCAAGGUUUUGCGGGGGGUCCAGGACGUUGAGGACGCGCGACGCUCGGUCACCCGUCUCCAGCUCGUCCUACAGAUGGUCGAACAGCUCGGCUCGGACAUCCUGAGCGAGCCAGGCGAAAUCAUCGCCUUCGUUGCGCACGCUCUCGACGCCGAAGUCGGCGAAACGGACGCGAGCAAGCCCGCCGCCUCGAACGCGGGACAGGAACCGACUCUCGACGCGCCUGCCGGACUCGCUGGUCUGCGACUCGUCGAGGAACAGGAGGGGGAGGCGAAGCCGAAGAUUCGGGAGACGGACGAUGCGGCAGACGCGGAUGCGGGACUUGGAACCGGUCUUGGCAAGGACGAGAUGGCGAUGACUGCGUUGACUCUGCUACUGGCGGUACUCGAGGCGAACGAGACGCUCGACACGUCGAACACGCCGCUGCUCGCGGUCAUCUACUCGCAGCUCGACACUCUCGCUUCCUCAACCUCGUCCCAGCUCAUCCCUCCUCUCGCGCGAGAAGCCAAGAUGGUCCUCUCGCUGCGUCGAGCCUCUUCCGCCUUCGAUUCUGCCCACCCUGAAUCUACGCCAGCGGAAUCUGACGACCCGCUCGCCGCCUCUCGCGCCAAAUACCGCGAAGCCUUGAAGCUCUUGCAAGACCCGCUGCUCCCCGUACGAGCGCAAGGCCUACACCUCCUUCGCACGCUUGUGCUCGACCGCAACACCGCCCUCCUCUCGACCGAUCCGGCGCUCCUCCCUGCCGUCCUUGACAUCUUCGUCCAAGCCAUCGAGGAGGAGGACUCGUUCCUCUACCUCAACGCCGUGCAAGGCCUCAGCUCGCUGGUCGACGUUUUCGGUCGACAGGUCAUCGGGCGCCUGCUUGAAGUUUACACCGGCGCAAGAAAGGGAGACCGCGAGCCGAAGGCUGUUGGCGAGGGCGAGAAGGGGACACGGGAGCUGGACAAGCGGUUGCGAGUGGGCGAAACGCUCGUACAGGUUGUCCAGCGUGCAGGCGAGGCGCUCGGGAUGUUCGUCGACGACGUCGUUGCACCUCUGCUUCUCGUUCUUCGCACGGCCACCUUGCCGAUCCCGCUUCGCGCAUCCGCCAUCACGAUUCUUGCGACUUGCGUCGAAACCGCCCCGGUUGCCCUGCUUCAGUACGCCGACGUUCUCGCCGAAGCGUGCACAACACUUCUCAGCCUCGAGACGGUCCCCCUCGCGCCAAGAACGCGUCCGCCGGCACCGGCGCCAUCCAAGGUCGACCACCUGGCGGGCAAGGGCAAGAAGAAGGCUUCUCCGGCGGUCCUCAUCGAAGAAGUCGACUCUUCCGACGAGGAAAGCGAUAUGGACGAGCCAGAGCCUGCGCCUUUGGGCAAGGAUGGCCAACCUCGGCGUCCGGAGGAGCUACCGGAUCCGACGACUACCGCCUCGAAGCACCCCGCCUUGCGCAGGAGUGCGGCCGUGUUCCUCGGGUCGCUGGUUAGGACUGCGGCGCACCAAUCGACUGAGCGUCGGGAAAGGGAGGAGAGGCAGGCUUGGGACCGGAUCGAGGACGAGACGCAGCCCUUCGGACGCGAAGGUCUGCGCAUGCCGUUCGGCGGGAGCAUCUCCUCCACUGGCGGCUUCCUCGUCCGCGAGCGCAGGGCGGGCGGCGAAGCGGUCGGCAGCUUGAUCGGCGCAGAGCAGCUUGUGCGGGCUCGGACGGUCUUGCGGUACGUGAGCGAGACAGACGAGGACGCGCUCGUUCGCGAGCAGACACGGCAAGUUCUGCAGGAGCUCGAGGAUGCGUAG